GCGAAAAAUUGGAUAAAUGCCCCUAAUGAAGCGUCUGACAAGAAUAGUCCGAAUGAAUCACGGGGAAGUGGUGCACACAAUGUGUUUUCGUUGGUGUACAGGAUGCUAUGAUACAGAGAGAGAUGGUGUCUAAAUUUGAAACUAAUAACGAAGAACCAAAAUGGAAGCAACAAGGAAGAGUUGGUAGAGGUAGAGCUAAAACACCUUUGAAAGAACAAAGACCUGGUAAUCCGAAUUCUCAGCAACCGGUUCGAUAUAAUAAAACACUAAAUGAACAAUUCGACGAAGCUGGCGAAGAUGAAACACUUACGUCAGAAGACAAUGGAACUAACAUCCCCAGUGAUUCAAGUGAUUUCACUUUUCAAUCGAGUGAUGCUGAAAAGAGCCGGAAUAAUGAGCGUGAACAUUGUAACUUUGAUGGUAAUGGCCAUGACAUUGAAAAUCAGAAAGAAAUGAGUAAUUAUGACAUUAACAAUGAAAACUCCAAAUGUAAAGAUGCGGAAACGUCACCGCAUGAUGAAAUCGACGAAUGUACGAAUGAUGUACAUCAGACAGGUAGUCGCGAUGCGAUGAUUUUCAAAGAUGAAUUAGUAACUUCAAAACCAACAUCAUUUAUUCGAUAUUGGAUCGGUUCAUUAACAAACUCGAAUGGUCAAGCAAUUAAGAAGAAUGUUGAAGGCUCCACCGUCGAUAUUUAAUGUAAUUUAUAUUUACACAACAGAACGUUUACAAUAUUACAAUUUAUUACAUAAGUAUUCGAAAACACAAAUAACCUACAAAUAAACAUGUUUGGCAUAGGGAAUACACCCA